AUGACCCAGUCGUCUCUCAUUCUGAACCCCGCAGCGCAGGCCAGCCCCGCAGUUACCCUCGCGAUGCUCGCAGCAAUGCGAGGCACUAGUACUCCUAGUGCUACGCUUUACUCGCCUGCCGCCGCCACCUCUAUGUACACCGCCCUCCCCGACUCCACCAAUUUGGCCUCUCUCAUUUCCGGCUACUAUCCCUUUUCGGCCUCGGCCUCUUCUAACUCUCCCAACGCCGCCGCCGCUACUAGUGCCUACAACCCCGGUGACAUCCUUCCCGGUGGGGCGUCUGCGACCACUUCACUCUUCCCGCCCGGUGGGCCGGUGAGCCCCGCAACCUACGCCGCCGCCGUCGCCGCAGUGAAUGCCAGUCGACAAGCCGCAGCCAUCCAGCCGCCGCCACCACCGUCAUCACAACCGCCGAUUUCAGUCUCAAGGAGCGGUGAGGAUUUAGCUUCCUCAGCCUCUGGUCGCAAGCGUGAGGCUCCGGGUGAUAAAGAUGCUCAAACGAACAUGCCAACGAAGCGCAUUCAUACUACAAACGAAGAUAUCACAAAUAGCAGCAGCACAGCCGUGAAUCGUGCAUCACAGGUUCCCACUCAGCCGCAGCUAGCGAGCACACUGGCAUUUAACACUUGGCUGCAGCAGCAACAACAACAGCAGCACCAACUUUCUUCGCCGCCUCCACCUUCACUUCCGACGGCCACUUCCCCCACCGUUGCGCUGCAGGCAGCAGCCCUCAUGCGUUUGCAACAACAACAGCAACAGCAAUGGGCCGCCAUGGCUGCCGGCUACGGAUCACUCACCGGUUUCGCACCCAACUCGGCGGCAGCAGUCGCCGCCGCUGCUGCUGCCGCUGCCUACUCCAAUCCCACCGCUCUCUUCGAUCCGCGUGAGUCACUACCUCUGUCGGCCAGCCUGACUGCCAACCCAUACGCCUCGAAUCUGCUGCAAAGCCAAACACUGCUCACCAAUGUGGCCUACAUUAACGAUGAAGGGCAGCUUCUCGAAAGUCUUCCAAUCUGUCGCGAUUUUAAAGCUGGGAAGUGUCACAGGAACACGGAGUGCCGUUACGUUCAUCUCAUCGAUGAAAAUGUCGAGGUCAACCAGGGUCGGGUGACCGUGUGUCGAGACGCUGCGAAAGGUCGGUGCACUCGGAUUCCCUGCAAGUACUACCACAUCCCACUUCUUGCUAUCUCGGCCAGCCGUUCUCUAGCACUGAACUCGGCCCUCUCGGCCGCAGUAGCUGCAAAUGCCUUCAACAGCACCGCUGCGGGCGCUGUCGCUGCCUCACCGGGAACGACAGCUGCCUCUUCAUCGUCACUCACUAACGGAAGCUCCAACAUCCCUCCUCCGCCCCACCCACCUUCCACUUCUACGUCACUAUGA